AUGGGCCGUGGUAGAAACAAUCAGAGGAAGCAGCAACCAAGCUGCAGCCCCCGCUCUACUUCAGUGAACGAAGUUACCGAUGUUUACAGGCCCCACUUUAAGAGCAAGAUCGGCUUGGUGCUGUCAUGUCUGGGAUGUGUUGUGGGAACUGGCAACAUCUGGAGAUUCCCCAGGAUCGUAGCCAAUAACAGCCAAGACGAAGGUGGACUCGUCUUCCUCAUAGUGUGGGUUAUCUUCUUGUUGCUGUGGUCCAUCCCUAUGCUCACGGUGGAGUAUGGAACCGGAAGGUACACUCAGAAAGCUGUGAUUGGCUCCUUUCGUCAGCUGGUCGGGGACAAGGCCGCCUGGUGCGGCGCUUGGAUCUGUAUGGUCUCCUUCAUGAUUUCAUGCUACUACUCUGUUGUGCUUGGUUGGUGUUUUUACUACUUUGUCUACUGCAUAGCAAACACUCUGCCUGAUAACCCAGAGGACAGCAGGAAGAUUUUCAAAGAUUAUGCCGAGGACAGCGCUUGGCCAGUACUGACAACAGCUCUUGCGGUAGGAUUUGCCGGACUGUCAGUGGUCAAGGGAGUGAAGACCAUCGAGAAAGUAUCCAUGUGUUUGGUGCCCGUGCUGCUGCUGAUCAUCCUCUUUACGUUCACCUGGUCGAUGACAAGACCUUACGCUGACCAUGGAAUCACCUACUUGUUCACACCGAGCUGGGAAUCGUUCGGCAAGCCUAGAGUUUGGGUAGACGCCCUCAGUCAAAAUGCUUUUGACACUGGCGCAGGAGCUGGGCUAAUGGUGCCAUAUUCUUCCUUCAUGACAAGAAACCAUGGGAUCGUUCGAUACGCUACACUGAUUCCUGCAACCAAUAACCUAGUCAGCUUGGUCUGCGGGAUCACUAUUUUUGCCGCGGUGUUCUCCACACUGAUCGCCUCAAGACCGCACUACACGCAGUCUGAUAUUGUCAAUGUCAUGAAAGACAGUGGGCCUGGCAGUACUGGACUGACUUUCAUAUGGUUGCCAGUGUUAUUUCAGACUGUAGGAACAUUCGGCAGAGUUCUGGCUGCACUGUUCUUCUUGUGCCUAUCAUUCGCUGGCUUGACUUCUCUCAUUUCUAACGUUGAACUCUUCACACAAACUGUGGGCGACUUCGGACUUGGCCGUCGCUACGCAAUGCCGCUUUGUGUUACUCUCACUUUUACCAUUGGCCUGAUGUCUGCGUUGAACAUUGAUAUACUCACCAACCAG